CCACACCUUUUUUUCCCUAUAUAUAUUGCUUUAAGCUCAUCAAAAUUUCAGACACUACUAAAAAACUCUAUUAACUCUGUUUUCCUACUUCCACUUAUAGAGUGGGAUUUCCCCAUUUUUGUCAGAGCAGAAGCCAUAUCUCACAAUGACAAAGAUGAGUGAGAAUAGCGGAGCGAGGCACCUCGAGGUUACAGUGAAUGUGCCGUCGCAGGUGGGGUCCAAGUGCUACGACGACGACGGCCGCCUCAAACGAACUGGAAGUGUUUGGACGGCGAGUGCCCAUAUCAUAACGGCCGUUAUUGGGUCGGGCGUUCUGUCGUUGGCUUGGGCGACAGCGCAGCUGGGUUGGGUUGCUGGUCCGACCGUCAUGUUGUUGUUCGCUUUCGUCACAUAUUACACUUCUGUCCUUCUCUCUACAUGCUACCGUACCGGCGACCCCGAUAACGGCAAGCGCAACUACACCUACAUGGACGCCGUUAGGUCCAAUCUCGGUGGUUUCCAGGUGAAAGUGUGUGGUGCGGUUCAGUACAUGAAUCUCUUUGGGGUUGCAAUCGGUUACACCAUUGCUGCAUCUAUAAGCAUGAUGGCGAUUGAGAGGUCGAAUUGCUUCCACAGCAAAGGCGACGCCAGCCCAUGUAGAGUUUCGAGCAAUCCUUACAUGAUUGCAUUUGGUGUUGUGGAGAUCGUCUUCUCCCAGAUCCCCGAUUUCGACCAGAUUUGGUGGCUCUCCAUUGUUGCUGCCAUCAUGUCCUUCACUUACUCCACCAUCGGUUUAGGCCUCGGCAUCGGAAAAGUUGCAGAAUCUGGGAAAGUCAUGGGAAGUUUCACCGGAAUAAGCAUCGGCACAGUCGUCGGAGCUCAAACGAUCGACGAAACACAGAAGAUUUGGAGAAGCUUCCAAGCUCUCGGCGCUAUAGCUUUCGCCUAUUCCUACUCCUUAAUCCUCAUCGAGAUUGAGGACACGAUAAAAUCGCCGCCAUCGGAGUACAAGACGAUGAAGAAGGCGACGCUGCUGAGCGUGGCCGUGACCACCGUGUUCUACAUGCUCUGCGGGUGCUUCGGGUACGCCGCCUUCGGCGACCUGUCCCCGGGCAACCUCCUGACCGGAUUCGGAUUCUUCAACCCAUACUGGCUCCUGGACAUCGCGAACGCCGCCAUCGUGAUCCACCUCAUCGGCGCCUACCAGGUCUACUGCCAGCCCCUCUUCGCCUUCGUGGAGAAGACGGCGGCGGAGUGGUUCCCCGACAGCAAACUCAUUGCGAAAGAGAUCACUCUCCCCAUCCCCGGCUUCCGCUACAAGAUCACCGUUUUCAGGCUUAUUUGGAGAAGCAUAUUCGUGGUGAUCACCACCAUCAUCUCAAUGCUCAUGCCCUUCUUCAACGACGUCGUCGGAAUCCUCGGCGCCUUCGGCUUCUGGCCGCUCACCGUCUAUUUUCCGGUGGAGAUGUACAUUGUGCAGAAGAAGAUCCCCAAGUGGAGCUCGCGGUGGAUAUGCCUGCAGACGCUCAGCGCCGCCUGUCUCAUCAUAUCCAUCGCCGCAGCCGUCGGAUCCUUCGCCGGAGUUGUGUCUGAUCUCAAGACUUACAAGCCUUUCAAGACUUCCUACUGAUACUAGUUUGCAGUUUUUGAUUAAGUAAGACAAAAAGAAAAAGAAAAAGAAAAAGAAAGAAAAUGGUGGGAUUUUUAGUUUCUAGUUCAUGUUCAUAACAGGCCUAAUUAAAAAGGCUGUGGAUUUUCACAGUAUUUACAACAAGGGAAAAAAAGGGGUAACCCUGUUUGUAAUUUUCAAGAAAUUAAAUCCCAUGAUUUUCCAGUGUAAUUUUACUUGUAUUUUCUCAGUUGAUAAAUUAAAAUAGUGUAAAAUUCUCGAGA